AUGAAGGAUGGCUCUGAAACCCCCUCUAUCGACGAAUCGACAAUAAGCACGAGCAACCGGGAAAAGCUCGGAGCAGAUCUCGAAAACGGCCCCCUCGAUCUGAAUGAUGUAACAAAAGAAAAAACAAGAGAUCCAAAUAUUGUCGAUUGGGAUGGACUAGAUGAUCCCGAAAAUCCUCUCAACUGGACUUCGGGAAAGAAGAUUAAAGCGACAUGUUCUAUUGCGCUGAUCACGUUUCUGACCCCUCUCGGAUCAUCCAUGUUCGCCCCCGGCGUAGGUCAACUAGUCAAAGACUUCAAUGUCACCAGCACCGAACUGGCAUCGUUCGUGGUAUCUGUAUACCUGCUGGGAUACUGUUUCGGUCCCCUGCUCAUCGCACCUCUAUCAGAGUUGUACGGUCGACAGUACCUUUAUCAUGUAUGCAAUAUCCUCUACGUGAUCUGGACCAUUGCCUGUGCCUUUGCGCCCGACAUGGGUAGUCUUGUUGUCUUCCGAUUCCUCGCUGGCUUUGCCGGUAGUUGUCCGCUGACUAUUGGCGCCGGCUCGAUCGCGGAUAUGUUCGUACAAGAGCAGAGAGGCGGUGCAAUGGCAGCUUGGGCUCUUGGACCUUUGAUUGGUCCAGUCGUUGGUCCGGUUGCGGGUGCGUAUCUGACACAGGCAAAGGGUUGGCGAUGGAGUUUCUAUGUGCUGGCGAUGGCUGGCGGUGCCAUCACCGCCAGCUCCCUCAUAACCAUCCGCGAAUCCUACGCCCCGACUAUUCUGGCCCGGAAGACUAAGAAGCUCCAGAAGGAAACCGGGAACAUGAACUUGCGCUCUGCACUCGACACAGGCCGUACACCGAAGGAACUGUUCCUAUACUCCAUUGUGCGACCGACAAAGAUGCUCUUCCUCUCCCCGAUCGUCUUCCUUCUUUCGCUUUACGUCGGCGUCAUCUACGGAUACCUUUAUCUGUUGUUUACAACCAUCACCUCCGUAUUCGAAGAGCAGUACAAUUUCUCUCAGGGACCAGUCGGGCUCACGUAUCUAGGUUUAGGCGUUGGCUCUUUAAUCGGUUUGUGCAUUCUGGGGGUAACAUCCGACAGACUGCUCAAUUACCUAUCUGUCAAGAAUGGCCAGAAAAAGCCCGAGUAUCGUCUUCCGCCAAUGAUCCCCGGAGCCGUUUUCGUUCCCAUCUCGCUGUUCAUGUAUGGAUGGACUGCCUAUUACAAAACCCACUGGAUUGUGCCUAUCAUCGGUACCUCCUUCCUCGGUGCUGGCAUGAUGAUCACCUUCAUGUGUGUGAGCACAUACUUGGUAGAUGCCUUCACACACUACGCCGCUUCCGCCAUGGCGGCUAACACGGUGUUCCGUUCACUAGCUGGUGCCAUGCUUCCACUUGCCGGCCCGAAGAUGUAUGAGGCUCUUGGACUUGGUUGGGGUAACUCUCUGCUUGGGUUCAUUGCUUUGGCAUUUUGCGCAUUGCCAGUGAUCUUUUGGAUUUAUGGCGAACGCAUAAGGACAAGUCCAAGAUUCCAGGUGAACUUGUGA